AUGGAACGGUUCGGUGUGUGGCAGAACGUGCACGCGGUCAAUCUGACCGCCAUGAGAGACACCUCGCCCCGCUCGAGAAUACAGUUUCAUAUCCAAUCAUGGUACUCGGAAGUAGAAGACUUCGAUACCGCUGAAUUCGGAUUGGUGAAUUUCACGGCACGAUGGUACCUGUCUUACAUCCCUUUCGCGUUGUCGACGAUUAGCCAGGUGGGUUGUGGCCGAGCAAUUUACACAGCCAGACCUGAGCAAUCGACGAGAGAUGCAGCGGAGACAGCACGGGCGUCGGUAGGGAAGCGUACAAUAGGCGUCGGUUUCGGGGAUCGAGUUGAGGCCCUGGUGUGCAAUUACGGGCCCCUCGAUCGGAACACGCCUAGAGAACUCUACGAAGACGGUGUACCAGCUCUUUGUCCACCGGGGACGACCCGCAGCCUGCAAUACCUAGCUCUCUGUCAAAAGUUUCAGGUGUGGCAAUCGCAAGGUGAAACUCAGCAGAAUGGAAAGGGAGACGCAACGGCGAGGAAUAGCAGCGCAUCUUCGAUUAAACCAGCAGUUCAUCUCGUUCGGCUGCUGUUAUUACUGCCGGCGCGUCUAUCGUUGAGCUCGACUACUUACAGCUUUUAAACGUCGCCAGUAGUUGUCCAUAAAACUCGUUCGCCAGUUAACCACUGUUUACACGCACGGCGCCCGCCACCGCGACGGUGUCAUCUCAUUAGCGUUAACAACACGACGGGAAGCAGAAGAGACGGGACAAGGGAGGAAGGCGUUAAUUUCGACUCGGUCAAUUUGCCAGGCCAUUACUUCCCGGGCUAAGGAUUUGAUCGCGCAAUUAAGCGACGAAGGUGGAGCCACUGCUUCGAGUCGAGGCAAAAAAUCCGACAUGCUGCGUUAAUUGAAACGGACAGGCAGAGAUGGCAGAGAAAGAGAGAGAGAGAGGAAAGGUUGAUGAAUAUUUUAACGAAAAUUCUGAAGAAAUCAUUAUAAGAAUUCCUUUUUUGGAGAACGGAACUACUGACCCCCACCCCCACCCCCUCCAACUCGGUUGCUGCUGGAUAGAACGGAUUUCGUUUUCGAAACGGAAGAGAAUCGACGACCCGGAAUAUCGAAACGGCUUGUCGUUGAUAGCACUUUUGCCUCUGUGUCCUCGGGUUGUUCCUCUUAUCGGUCGUGUUCCCGCUCACGCGUGGGCC